AGUUGACAAAUCUCCGCGACGGCCUGAAACUAGACGCUUUACAGGGAGAGAGGACAGAGGACCGAGAGAGGGGAGCGCAGGAGGAGAUGGGAGGAUCUUUUGGAGGCCGAGGGAUGGGCACCGCUGCGGUGAGGCCGUUGCUGCACCUGCUGGUGGGGCUGGUGCUGUACGAGGUGGCGGAGGAGAUGGCCGUGCCGGCGCUCGUCGACAAGGUCACCGCCGCGCUGUGCCCCGCCCACGGCAAGUCGUGCCCGGAAGCCAUCUACCUCACCGGCCUUCAGGCUUCCGUAGGAGCUAUUUUCAAGAUAAUAGGAUUCCCUCUAAUGGGCCAGCUAGCUGAUGAAUAUGGUCGGAAACCUAUUCUCCUCCUAACUGCCUCUACAUCCAUAGUCCCUUUUGCCGUGCUUGCAUGGAAUGAUUCGAGGACUGUUGUGCAUGUCUACUUUAUUCUGCGCACCUUUUCAUUCUUGAUUGGCCAAGGAACAUUGUUCAUCAUUUCACUUGCAUACACGGCAGAUGUGGUUGAACCGUCAAAGAGGGCGACUGCAUUUGGCUUCAUAACAGGAAUUGUCUCUGCCUCGCAUGCUUUGGGGGAUGUUUUCACAAGGUUUCUACCGAAGAGUUGGAUUUUCCAGGUGUCUGUUAUUCUGUUGAUCUGUUCAGUCCUCUACAUGAAAAUAUUUCUGGUUGAGACACUUCAAAGAGCUCCAUCUUCACCUAGUCGGCAUUCAUCAUUAUCGUAUUUGGUUAUCAGGGUACCACAACAACGUUGGGAAUCUAUCAAAGAGAACAUUAAUAUAUUUAAAAAUAGUGAAUCACUUAGGCGAAUAGCAUAUGUUGACUUCUUCUAUAAAUUGGGCAUGAGUGGCAUUAUUGAUGUCCGACUGUAUUACUUGAAGUCAGUAUUUGGCUUUGACAAGAAUCAAUUCUCAGAAAUUCUUAUGGUGGUAGACAUUGGUUCCAUCUUUUCUCAGAUUUUGGUCCUUCCCCUUAUUAGCCACGUUAUUGGUGAAAAAGGAAUCUUAUGCAUUUCCAUCCUUGCAUCCAUUGCUUAUGCUUUUCUUUAUGGUGUUGCAUGGGCUUGGUGGGUUCCUUAUUUUAGCUCUUUAUUUGGCAUCAUCUUUGUGAUGGCCAGACCAGCUAUCCAUGCAAUCAUUUCUAGGGAAGUACUCUCAACUGAGCAGGGAAAGGCACAAGGUUUCAUCGCGACUGUACAAUCUAUUGCUAUAAUGCUGGCACCUCUGUUUAUGAACCCUCUAACCUCUUACUUCAUUUCACAGGAGGCUCCCUUUAAUUGCAAAGGUUUCAGUUUCCUCGUGGCUAGUGUUGUCUUGGUGGCCUCCUUAUGCUUUGCUAGGACACUGAAUCGGAAAGGCACGGACAAAAGCACAGAAGUUGCAGUUUCAGAUGAGCCUAGUGAGGAAGCAUUGCAAGCCCCUUUAUUGGCUUAAAGGCCAGCUGAGGAUCAUCAAUGAGGCGAGAGCCAUCUCGAAGUGGCAGAUGAAUAGUUACCACAGUUUGCAACGAGGUUUUGCUGAAAAGCUUAGUGGAGGGCAUGUACAUCAACAACCAGCGUCGUUCACAAGCAGAGGAACACGAUCGAAUAUUCCAAUUUACAUCGUUUGUUGAUCAUCAAUUGUUAUAACAUGUUUAGUAUUACUCCCUCCAUUUUUAGAUAUAUGAGUCCUAUGCUGUUUAGGACAAGCUAAAAUGGUAUAAUUAGCUUGUCCUAAACAUCAUAUAUUAAAAAAUAGAGGGAGUGGUAAAUUUUUAGGCCUUGAAGUUUGAAAUCACAACCAACAUAUUAUGAAACCAUACAACACAAUUGGAUGAAACGUAUGCACGCAAACUCAUACAACA